AGCUGUCGUCAUCAUGGUCCUAGAGCCGUCCGCCCUCGCACAGCCAGUCAACGGCAGCCACCGUGUCUCACAGUAAACGAAGCCCUUUACCGAACGGCGAUUAAUGCCCUGAUUCCGAUGUAAAGAUGGCCUCUGCUCAGCCUGCAAGUCCACCUCUUGCUGCGGAGUACACCCCUCCUGUGCAGGAUGAAGAGGGCCAACGAGAGGAAGAGGUGGAGAGGGAUCAGCCUGCAAAAAAACGUGGCAGAGGCAGGCCUCCGAAAGCCAAACCCCUUUUCAAAUGCACUGCGUGCACAGAGGCCUUUAAGAGUCUGUCAGCUCUGCAGAGCCACAAGCAGUCGACACAUGUGAAGGAACGGCAGCAGCACCCGUGUCCCGAGUGUGCCAAAACAUUCUCGAGCAAGGCUCAGCUCUCAAAGCACGAGCGCACUCACUCAGCCCAGCGCCCCUUCCAGUGUCCCAGCUGUCACAAAGCUUACAAGACGCCCACAGAGCUGCGUAACCACAGCCGCUCUCACACUGGGGAGAAACCUUUUGUAUGCACAGAAUGCGGCAAGGCCUUCAUGCAGGCGAUAUGCCUCAGGAUCCAUAUGACACAGCACAGUGGAGAGCGCCCGUACUCCUGCCGUCAGUGCUCUAAGAGCUACCCAACCCUGUCCAAACUGAAGGUGCACAUGCGCUCUCACACGGGAGAGAAGCCAUACUUGUGUGCCGAGUGUGGGAAGAGCUUUGCUGACCCCUCAGUGUUCCGAAAGCACAGAAGGAACCACCAGGGCCAUCGACCGUAUGCUUGCGACGAAUGCGGCAAAACGUACACGGAGCUGAAGGACCUCAAAAACCACGAGCGUUCCCACACUGGGGAAAAACCCUACCUGUGUUCGGACUGCGGCAAGGCCUUCUCCCGCUCCUCCUCCCUGGCCUGCCAUCAGCGCAUCCACUCGCAGAAUAAACCCUAUAAGUGCGAGCAAUGCACUAAAGGCUUCACCCAGCUUUCUUCCUAUCAGUCCCAUCUCCGCACUCACUCUGGUGAGAAGCCGUUCCUCUGCCCGCAGUGCGGCAAGAUGUUUUCAGACCCCUCCAGCUUCCGUCGCCACCAGCGAGCCCACAUGGGAUUCAAGCCCUACCCCUGCGAUAAAUGCUCCAAGAGGUUCCGGCAGCCGGCCGACCUGGCCGUACACGAGCGCGUUCACUCUGGAGAGCGCCCGUACAAAUGCCAGAGCUGCGACAAGGCCUUCGUAGCUUCCUGGGACCUGCGGCGCCACAUGCUUGUCCACACAGGUCUGAAGCCAUUUAUGUGCACAGAGUGCGACAAGUCAUUUGCUGAGCGCUCCAGCCUCAACAAGCACCGGCGUGUGCACUCUGGAGAGAGGCCUUUCAAAUGCGAGGAGUGUUUGAAGUCAUUUGUGGUGUCCUCAAGCCUGCGCAAACACGAAAGAACUCACCUCGCUGAGCAGUCUGAGCAACAGCAGCAGCAACAGCAGCAGCAGGAGACAGAGGCUGGGUCACCCUCAGGCUUCACUGCCCACACAACUCUCCCUCAGUUCUCCUGUACUCACUGUGAUGCUACAUUUGGUACCUGGGAAGAAGUUCAGACCCACGAAAACCUUCACCCUAUUGACUCCACCCAGUCCUCCGUUGCCAAAAUUGUGUCGCUGGGCUCGCACAUCUGUAAAACCUGCCACGAGGAGUUUGCACAGCUUGCAGACUUGCAGGAGCACGAAAAGCAGCAUCCCAAGCCGAGGCCGCACGUCUGCGACAUCUGCGGCAAGGGUUUCCUCAACAAAUCGGGACUGCGCAAGCACCAGAAGAUCCACUCCAACAGCAAACCCCACAGCUGUCCCCACUGCGGCAAAGCCUUCCUGUUCGCCGCCUAUCUUCGCAAACACUUACGGACUCACGCGGACGCCACGCCAGUUGCCACGCAGCUCGCUGACAUAAACAUCAUUCACACAGACCCCCUGCCUUCUCCUCCGACCCCCAGCGACGUUUCUCCCUCGUCGGUCGAGCCCGGCACCAUGUCGCUGACUGUCCCGACCGUGACUGUCCCCGUCACCGCUUUUCAGUCUCUUCGAGAGUACUUAGUCAAAGAAGAGGGAAUUUAAGCUUCUCUGUGAUUUUAAUUCCCAGUGGCCUUAAAGCUGUUUUUUAGAUGGGUCUGACUUUUCAAAAUAACUUCCCUCAGAAACAUCAAAACCACAUUAUCUUUAUGUAAACUGUCAACAUUUGGUCUUUGUUUUGUAUUGCUGCAGUAUUUUUAAAAACCGUUAUGUGUAUUAUAUGUUAAUGUAUUAAAAUAUACAGUAUACUGUACUAUAAGUACCUUACUAUAAAAUUGUCGUAUCUUGUUGUAAUCUCUUCAUAAAUAAUCCACCAUAAAGAAAACAAACGAAACCAACAAUAAAUCCUUGGCUUUAUGGUAAACAUGUUUUUAUAAAACAUUUUUAAUUGUUUUUUUGAAUCUCUUUUGUCUGAACAAUUUGUAACUGCUUCACUGUGUCGCUAAAAUAACAACUUGUCAAGCUGCAAAAGGUCGCUGGCAUUCAAAAAUGCCAAGAGGAAUCACAUUUUUAUGCCAAUAAAAACGUGUGUGCAACAA